GUCUGACUUAAGCAGCUUCACGUCAGGGACCGAACCGACCGAACCACGUGAUCAGCUGAAGCGCAGGAGGCGCUGCCGGGCAAAGUAGCCUUUUAAUUUGAAAGGUGUGCUGGCGCUAUGGCGGAUAUUGUUUCCGGUGGAGCGUCGUCAGUGUGACGUUUCAACAUGACGAGUGAAGUCAGAAUCACACCGAGCCGCGAGGACUGCGUGUAUACCAGCUGCUACUGUGAAGAAAAUGUUUGGAAACUCUGCGCGUUGGUCCGGGCUGAGAGAACUGCACCGCUGGAAGAACUGUUUGUGGUUUUCAUCUCUAAUGAGAACAGAAUGGUUCCUCUGUGGAAGCAGAAGUCCGGACGUGGAGACCAGCCAGUGAUCUGGGACUACCAUGUGGUUCUGCUGCAGGCCGGUCCUCGGGUGGACCCUCUGGUUUAUGAUCUGGACUCCGAGCUGCCGUUUCCCUGCAGCCUGCAGCUGUACGCCGCCCAGUCCCUCCGCUCAGACAGCAACAUAAAACCUGCGUACCACAGGAAGUUGCGUGUCGUCCCUGCUGACAGCUUCCUGUUGAAGUUUGCAUCCGAUCGAUCUCACAUGAAGAACCCUGAUGGAUCGUGGAGGAUGCCCCCCCCACCUUACCCCCCCAUACACACCGCAGAGAGUCGGAUGAACCUGGAUGACUUCAUCAGUAUGGACGCUGCCGUCGGCUGGGGGCGGGUCUUCAGCCUCGACCACUUCCUGCUAACGUACACAGGAAACGCAUCAUCAUCGUCGUAACCAUUUCAGCUCCCCUGCAGCAGGAUGGUGGUGUAACCACGAACGUGCUGUCAAACUGAGUGAUUUGUAUUUCAUCUGAAUUAAAUAUUUUUGAAAUGAA